AUGUCACCUCGGAAAGUGCGGUUCUACGUCUGGGUUUUCUGUCUCCUUUGGUGUCUAUUGAUCGCAGUGCAGUUCUACUACUUCGUCCUUCGAGGACGCCGAGGCUCCGUCGAAGAGAAGGGAAGCGCAGUGAGCUACGGUGUGGACACCGAAACCUGUCGGAUACCGAGCAGCGAUCCUCUCGAUUUCAAAACCAGACAGAGACUCUUCGGUUCUUACAGCCCCCGAUGCGAAGCUCCGCUCGACCGCCGAGCCAUAUUCGGCACUCGAAUCGUCUUGGAUCGCAGCUGUCCCGAGCUCCUGGAAGACAUCCUGCUCCUGGACUACGAUGUUUCGGUCUCUCAGAUCACCUGUUCGUAUAUCGGAUUCGCUCAAGAAGAAAUUGUACCGGACUACCUAUUGACGGGCAGUCUGCCGGAGCAUUUACGUAGACCUCUGACCAAUGGCGAUUGCCCGCAAUUCGACGCGCUCUGGAUCGAGUGUUCGCUCCCGAACGGGCGCUCCGUCAAACAGCCUCUUCUACUGGCGAGGUCGGCUGUAAGCGAAGGGGCGGAAAACUUCGACGUGAACUUUCUGAAUGUGAUUGUGGUGGGAAUCUCGUCGCUGUCGCGCUUGACAUUCCGCAGAACGAUGCCGACGACCUACCAAAAAUUGACUGCCGACCUGGAGCAACGCCAGGAGCUCUACGGUUACAGCCGAAUAGGGAAAACUUCUAUCGCGAAUCGGAUGCCUCUGCUCACGGGUAAAGCUUACGAUUCGGAGCCACUGCCGAAGGAGUAUUUCGACAACUGGACGAGAUAUAUCUGGGACGAAAUGGCCGAAUACGGUUUCACGACUUUCUUCGCUGAGGAAACGCCGAGCCGCGGCAUGUUCACCGCCAACGGGAGGAAAGGCUUCCUGGAUUUCCCGACUUCAUUCUAUCCUCAGCCGUUCCUGGAGUCAAUCGAGAAGGCCUACAAGAAUCAGACGUGCGUUUUCGGCAAACCACGGGCCAAAUUCCUGCUGGACUAUCUCUUCGAUGCCGUCGUACUGCACGCCGACAAGAGCCCGUUCUUCGGCUACGUAUGGUUGGACCAGCUCUCAACUGCGCAUCCAUCGGGACCGCUGUUCCUAGACGAAGUCCUGUCAGAGUUUAUAGACAGCUUGCGACUCUCUGGUCUCCUCCAGUUCACCGUGCUGAUGCUGGUCUCGGAUCACGGCUCCACAAACGGUCCUCUGACGGGCACGGACCAGGGCGCGCUCGAAGAAAAUCUCCCCCUUGGUUUCAUGUCGGUGCCGAAGCUGGUUGAUCCUUACGAAAGUGAAAAACUGAGUGAUCUCCGUCAGUUCCGAAAUCUUGUGAAUACCUAUCGAUUGGUCACACCCUACGACCUCCACGCGAGCAUGCUGCAGCUGUGUCACGGAAGACGAGCAAAAAACCACAAAGGCAUCAGUCUUAUCACGAACGCUCUACCCAAAGAGAGAACCUGCGACUCGGCGGCCGUUCCACCCGAGUUCUGCCCGUGCUGA